CAUCUCUGUAGAAUAUAGGUAAAAUGGCUGAAUCAUCAGAUCCUCUUGCCAGGGCACAAGAUGUGAAGCGCUGUCAACUUUGCCCUGGAAAAGACAAGAAAUCUGAAGCAGAAAAAGUGUGUAUUAUUUGUCAUGUUUAUCUUUGUCCUGAGUGCGUUGACCCUCAUAUCAGCGAUUCGCCCUUGAGCCAUGAUAUUGUCACAUCAUGUUUCUAUCAUUUUGAGAUGUGUGCACCCCAUUGCAUUGUCCAUCAGGAUUUACAUUGUGACAUGUUUUGUUUCAAUUGUGAUUUUGCAAUUUGUUCACAAUGUCAGACGUUUGGAAUUCAUAAAGAUCACAAUGUUCAAAGUAGAAUAAAUCCCCUGAACAGAGCACAAGAUUUGAAAUAUUGUCAGAUUUGUCCCGGAAAAGACAGGAAAUCUUACGCAGAAAGAACUUGUACUGCUUGCAAUGUCAAUUUCUGUCAGAACUGUGUAGAUCUUCAUAUGGUCAAUACUUCUAUCGUACAUAACAUUGCCACGUUUAGAUUUAAAUACUUUGAAAUCGAGCAGCUCCCUUGCAUGGUCCAUCAGAAGAAAAAAUGCGAUGUUUUUUGUAAAGAAUGCGAUGUUGCAGUUUGUAGAAAGUGCCUUAAGUCUGGAUCUCACACGGAACAUAACGUUCUACAAAGAACAACUCAUGACGUCGACAACGUGAUGCAAUUUAACUCAGGUUUCAUUUUAUCCAGAUUCCUUGGAGGUUCUCUUCUGUUGGCGCUUUAUAUCUACCUAUAUCCACAUUAUAAACCUGAAGAUAAAUAUUUGUGGGGAUGUUUCGGAAUUUUGUCUUUGAUGGUCAUUAUAUCCUAUCUUUACCGAUUUUUCAAAUCAUUAGGUUUCAUUUCACGGUCCAUUGGAAUUAUUUCACUUCUGGCCAUAUGCCUCUUUCUGUAUAGAUAUUACAAAUUUACAGGGGAAUUCCAAUUUGAAAGAGCAUACUUGGAAUCAAUCAGAAUUGGCAAUUCUCGUCUUGGAAACUAUCCAGGUGCCAUACUGAAAGGGAAUUUGAGAGAUAUGGAUACUUUUCAGAUUGGGAUAACGUCCGAAAUUUGGAAUAAUACGCGAUAUUAUGAUGACGUCGACAAUAUCAUAUUUCAAAUAGGUCUUGUGCACAAGGAUAAUUUCGAAGAUGAACCAAUUUUUUCAAACGGCAUUUUUGUUUCGGCAAAAUAUUGUAGAAGAAUAGGGGUAUGUUUUACUGUAAAAAAUGAGGGAACUCUAUUGGUUAAGCAGAAAAUAAGGGUUCUGUCGGCAAAAACAUAUUUACUUGGAAUUUUAUCCUUCAAAUUAGAACUUAAAAGACUUACCAUCUAUUACCAGACAGAUAAACCCAUUUGUAUCCCAUUGGCUAACAUAUCUAUAGAGAAAUUGGAAAAUUAUGAAUUUAUCGCUCGUCUAGGAUAUCUAACUUGGGGGCGGUCGGUUAUGACCUUCCAUGGAGGUGUGGUAGUAUCUAACCAAAUGCACAAAGAAAUUCAUGCUUCUUCUGAUGGUCAGGCAUUAGCUAAUUAUGACAUCGAUAAUGAAUAUAGAGGAUCGUUUGCAAAUUUUGCUAUCCAUCCAACCACUGAAUUCGGCAAUUGUGUCCUAGAAUAUCAUUCGCAAGUGAAUUUUAAGCAUAUUUCAAAAUACAUGUACGCUAGUGGUAAAGAGAAAAAUUUAUUUGAAAUCGGUUUGGCGCCAAUGAAUUUGAUAUGGAAAAAAAUAAUGUUGAGAAAUCUAAAAGAUACUAUUUUUAUUCAGGUAACAUAUAUUUAUCGGGAUGUACCUAGUAGAAGGCUAGUUUUUAACACAUAUACUUGGUUUAAUGGUAAAGUCAGCAGUCACCACACUUCACUCAUAGCUACAAAGCAUGUAGAGGAUAUAGAUGUUGGGUUCAUAUUUCGGUUUGAUAUUAACUUGCAGUCUAAACUCAUUCAAAUAUAUAUAAAAGAAAAGGGCCAGUUAAAUCAUAUUAAUAAAUUUAAAAACGUGGAAUUUAAAACUAUUUUACAUCCAUCAGUAGGUAAAGAAACAUCAUUACAUCCAACUAAAAUAUCCUAUACAAUAUGGAAAUCAUGAAGUAAUUGCUUCUCGUGAAUAGUGUUGCCAACAAUAUUGUUUGUUUGCCCUGUCCCGAUCGACUGACAAAGCAUGCCGCGAAUUCAAGUCACGCAAUAUUAAAAGAAAUUCUGAGUGUUCUAAAUUAAUUGAUAAGUUAAUAUCGUAUUCGCAAUAGUUUUUGAAAUUUAAAAAAUCUCACCCACUAUUAUAUACAGACUUAAUUUUAUAAUUAUGUAUAUCCUGAGCCGGGAGAGGCGAAAAAUGUUUUUUUAAGAUGGCCUUAAUCAUGUUCAUUUGGAGUCUAUCAUCUCAUAAUUUCAUUAAAUGUUACCUUUUAAAG